GCCCAUAAGCCCUGCAGAAUACUAUGCUCGCUAGGAACCUGCUCAAGAGGACGAUGACCACCAUCACCCGCCAGCCCGUAUCCUACACCGCCGACGGAGCCGUGUCCAUCUCAUACCCAACCUUGGUCUCGGAUCCCCUCUCGCUCACAGAGUCGAUAGAGAAAGCAUUCGGCUCCCACCCAAAGUCCCUCGGGAUAAUCAUCGUCAAGGACCUGCCAGACGAAUAUCCCAAAUUGCGCGAGAGCUUGCUAUGGCAAGCGUACAAGUUCGCUCAGCUCCCCGUCAACGUCCGGGAGAAGUACGCGGACCGGAAGAGUCGCUAUAGCUUUGGUUGGUCCCAUGGAAAGGAAAUCAUGAACGGGAAACCAGAUACACUGAAAGGGUCAUACUACGCCAACCCUGUAAUCGACGAACCGACGGUCUCCGCCGCUCUACGCGAGGCGUACCCCGAAUACUACGGGAAGAACAUCUGGCCAGCAAAAGACGAGAAGGGUAUCGAGGGCUUCGAAGACGCCUUCAAAGCUCUCGGCAAAUUCGUAUUCACAGUAGGCUGUCAGCUUGCCACCGCCUGCCAACCCUUCGCCUCCGCCCACCUCACCGACUCCUCCCUCUCCCUGUCGCACCUCAUCUCCACCUCGCAGACCACCAAGGCGCGCCUGCUGCACUACUUCCCCCCGCCGCCCGACGCGCCCCCGCCCGCCGCGGACGAGCCUGUUGACAGCUGGUGCGGCUUCCACGUCGACCACUCGCUCCUCACCGGGCUGUGCUCCGCGAUGUUCAUCCACGCACCCCCCUCCUCCGCCCCAAAAGUCGUCCCCCCGCCCUCGCCCACCUCCGGCCUCUACAUCCGCACGCGCGGGCAGACCCUCACCAAAGUCUCCAUCCCCGCGGACGCGCUCGCCUUCCAGACGGGCGAGGCCCUCGAGCUCGCGACCGCCGGCCGCCUGCGCGCGACGCCGCACUGCGUGCGCGUCGGCAGCGGCGGCGCACACGUCAGCCGCGAGACGCUCGCGGUGUUCAUGCAGCCCGACGUGCACCAGCCGCUCGGCGCGCGCGAGACGUUCGGCGAGUUUAGCAAGCGCGUGUUCGACGAGCAUUAUACGGAGAAGGAGGGCGGCGCGAUGUGA